AAUAAUGUGGAGGGCUAUACCAAAACGCAGGCAGACAUGCAGAGUGGGCAGUCAAGUGGCAAAUUCAGUACAGUGAAAUAUGAAGUGGUUCAUCUGGAUAGGCAGCAUGUCUGCCCUCUUGAGUCAGCAGCAACUCCAUUGGCUGGGUCGGGUGAGCUGAAUGGAUGGCAGCCACAUCCACAAAGACAUACUCUAUGGCGAGUUUGCAAUUGGCACGAGACCAACAGGUCACCCAUUCCUGCAAUACUGGAUUGUCAGCAAACAAGACUGGGAGUGGAGUCUGCACUGCUGAUUGGAGGGCCUGAAAACAAAGAGUCAGGAAGGUUGUGGAAAAAACGGGACAAAAGAAAUGACCAGAUGGCAGAAGGAAAAAACAUCAGUCGGCCUCGGGCCAAUCCUAUUCAUCUGUGCCAGCUCUUAAGAAUGAAGAACACUAGGUUGAGUUUGCUGAAGUUCUGGUGUUUAUUCACCUGGUGUUCCCUCCACUGCCAUUCAUUAGUCUGCCUCUACAGCCACAACAGACGCUGUUCAAUACAGAAGUGAUAUGUACCCUGGGCACAAUCCAUCAUCUCCUCAGAUGGACAGAUAUCAAUUAUAAUAAUGAGAUCACAUAUUCUUUGGAAGAUAUGAAACUAAAUGGGAUGCAAGAGCAGAGGGAUAUGGAAAUAUGGAUACAUAUCAACACAAGUUAAUAAGGCAGAUAGAGUGCAAGCAAAGUUAUGGGACCUCGUUAUUAGAAGAAUAAAAUGGAAAAGCACAGAGGAAAUGUUAAAUUUACAUAGAAUGUUAGUUUGACCACACUUGGAGCACUGCAUUCUGUUCUGUUCUCCAUAUGUCAAAAAGGAUAUUGAAGCUUUGGUGAAAGUGCAUAACAGGUUCUCAAGAUUGAGACGAUGCAACAGUCAGGAGUGUUUGAGGCUGGGCACUGUUCCCUGGAAAAUUGAAGACCUGAUAUCUCGCUGUUCCUUCACUGUCGCUGGAUCAAAAUGAUGGAACUCCCUAACAGCACUGGGGGUGUACCUACAUCACAUGGACUGUUCAAGAAAGUGGCUCACCACUGCCUUCUCAAGGGCAAUUAGGGAUUUGCAACAAAUGCGGGCCUUGCCAGAGAUGCCCAAUACCAUGAACAAAUGUUUAAAACCCAGUAGAAGUCUUUAAAGUUAUGAAUUGGGUUCAGUAAAAGUUGAAUGUGGAGAAACUGUUUCCACUUUGGGCACAUUCAAGAUCCAGCUAGUCAACGGCUAACAUGGAGUAAGCCUCCAAAGAGUAUUCUAGUUAUUAAAAAGAUUCAAGAUGAUCGUCUGCUUCAACCAUUUAAGGAUCUUUGCAUCUUCCUCAUGGAGGAGAAAGAUAUGAUCGUUUAUGUAGAGAAAAAAGUUCUUGAAGACCCCACCAUAGCCAACGAUGAGAGUUUUGGACCACUAAAGAAAUUAUGCACUUUUAGGGAAGGCUACGAUGAUUUAUCUGAUCGGAUAGACUUUAUCAUCUGCCUUGGAGGAGAUGGCACCUUGCUUUAUGCAUCGUCAUUAUUCCAGGGUAGUGUACCACCAGUGAUGGCAUUUCAUCUUGGAUCGCUGGGCUUCCUAACACCAUUUAACUUUGACACCUAUCAGUCACAAGUCACACAAGUAAUUGAAGGGAAUGUAGCCAUUAUCCUGCGAAGCCGUCUCAAGGUCAAAGUGAUUAAAGAAAACCGGGAAAAGAAGAUUGGUCAGGAGCACGUUAUGGAGGAGAACGGACUGAUUGUGCCCAAGCUCGGAGAGAAUGAUUUGGGAAAGCGAGCAAUGCAGUACCAGGUCCUGAACGAGGUAGUGGUUGACAGAGGUCCUUCUUCAUAUCUCUCUAAUGUAGACUUGUUUCUGAAUGGACGGCUUAUAACGACUGUUCAAGGAGAUGGAGUGAUUGUUUCCACGCCGACAGGGAGCACGGCUUAUGCUGCAGCGGCAGGAGCUUCCAUGAUUCAUCCCAACGUUCCUGCUAUAAUGAUAACACCCAUCUGUCCACAUUCCUUAUCCUUCAGACCGAUAGUUGUACCAGCAGGAGUGGACCUCCAGAUUAUGCUGUCACCUGAUGCCAGGAAUACAGCAUGGGUUUCAUUCGAUGGACGAAAGCGACAAGAGAUCUGCCAUGGCGACAGUAUUACCAUUACUACCUCCUGCUACCCGGUCCCAUCGAUCUGCUUCAGGGACCCGGUGAAUGAUUGGUUCGAUAGUCUGGCCGAGUGCUUGCACUGGAAUGUGAGAAAGAAGCAAAGUCACCUCACAGAUGUGGAGGACUACUGAGCAUGGAAUGGCAUCUUCAGGCUCGGCAUUUUGCCUGCAAAAUCCAUCUUUAAUGGUGUUUCUUUAAACCUGCAACAUUGCAAAGAGCAUUCCUGCACAUCACAAGGACCUGUUUUGCCCCUGUCUCUCGAACAGUCAAACAGAAGCUUCUCCUUUUCCCCAGCUGUUUGUUGAAUGUUGAGGUUCUGACAAUUGGUGCAGAUUUGCUAAAGACAACAUGAGUCAAGUGUUUGAAAAGUACCAAAUACAGACAAAAUAGCUCAGGAGGGAGCAUAUCGAUAAUGUUGCAGUGUUUGGUGCUCUAAUACCUUAUGAUUACAAUUCUUAUAUUUAUCAAACGUAUGUUUCAUAUCGAAAGGUUUGAAAGAAAUAUCUAGGAAGGACACAAGUAAGUUGCCUGCUGUUUUUUGUAGUCGCUCCAAGUAAGUCUGUGCUGUAAGAAAUGCACUAAAAUAUGGAUUUGUUCCUGAAACAGUUUUCAAUCGGAGCUGAGGUAGCAGCACUUGGUGACAUGUCCCUCUGCCUCUCCCAAACAAGCUCAUACCUGGGGAGAGUCUAGUCAGAUGUCCUGUACAAACUCUAUUUCUCUCCUCCAGCUCACCCUGUCUUCUCUUUUCUUUUUCUACCUGUGAUUUUUUUUUUAACAAUUUAAAGUGAUGUUUUUAUAAAACAAGAAUGAUGAACCUGUGAUCUGACACCAACAUUGACCCUCCAAGGUGUGCCUGUGUCAGGGGGAUUUGCUGAGACAGUGCACGUUUUGUGGUCCGUUUUACCUCUGAGUUAAAAUGAUUUUUGACUUUGUAAAACUCUGACUUGAGCACAGCCUGUUCAUUAUCACUCAAACAAGUCUCUUGAAUGUCGGAAGUGAAGAAAUGCAUAAUAUAUUCUUUGAGAAUUGAAGAGUAUAAAUGUAAAUAUUUGUUGGAUCAAAAAAAAUCUUGUAAAGUUUUGAGAAAAUAGGACAAACAAAAGUAACAUCAAUUAUGUAAGGGGUGAAGGAUAAUUUGUUUCCUCCAUUUGCUUCUGCUGCUUUUAGUAUUUAUUGAUGAAAAGCUCCUAAGUUGCUGCUUGGAAGGCAGUCUGGCUGCUUGCCCCAAGUUAUUGAGAUCUGAAUGUGUUGUAAGUUGGUCUUGUGUCGAUUAGAGUUGCUGAUUGUGGGCUUCCCAUGAGCCUGAGUCAGGAACAUUUGAUCUGUCAAAUUGUUUACCCCUUCUCUCUAGGCCUAGAGGAACUCGGUUUUAAAAUACUGCUAUAUAUUAAGUGGUAUGUUCUCCAUGGUAUAGAUCCCUCAUGCAUUACUUAAAGAAGAAAAUGCACACACAGUGAGCCUGCAUUUCCAGCUCUUAAGAAAGAAGUGGAAGUUGAAGGGAAGGAAAUGCUGGGCCAUCAAUGCAUCUCGCUGCUUUACUGUAACAUUUAGUGUGGUGCUCACACUGGUGGAAAAGUUACGUGACCGGCUGACGGCAUUGAUUGUAUCGAAGUAUGAGUUACAUACCAAGGAUGGUCUGUCCCAGAUAUUUGCCUGAAAGUAAAGACUAGUGCACUGGGUCUUGCAGUCGUGGUUGACCUUACUGCUAACUACUCAAGCCCACACCUCAAAUAUUUGCUAAAAAAUAAAGCUGAAUCUUACAUUUCGGUGGUUCCUCUGGUAAUCAUUAGUAAUGCUGAUUGUGGUUGAAUUCAGUCUGACCUCUGUGAGGUCCGAAUGCUCUUGUUCCACUAUUAAGGAUUCUUCUUCCAAUCAACUUCCAAGUGUACAAAAUCUAAUAGAAUUAGAUGAUAAAUGGGAAUCUGCAAUAAUUUUGGAUAUUAACAGACUACUGUUUUUAGAAGGUGAUACAGCGCUGUAAGUUCUGAAACCAGCCUUAAUGUGCUCAGAUCAUAAAAUCAUGGAAUUUUACAGCGCAUGUCUUAGUAAAUGCACAUCUUUAUGACCAUUACCUGACGGUAGGUGUGUAUAUAUAAUGGGGUGAGGAUGGGGUGCUGCUUUAAUUCUUGGUUGCUGUCUGUGUUCACGGCAAUAACUUCAAUUUGGAGUAAUUAAAAAUUUUAAUUCUGAAUUAAACUGGUUCACCUUUUGGUUUUCAGCAAAUCCCAGACAAUGUUGUGUGAAAGCUGUAAUACUUGCAAUAAUUAAUUGUCACGCUGUUGUGUUCUGGAAGACUCAUUGGAAGCCCUGUUUGUUCAGGCAGUUUAAUUAACCCCGCAGGUGUUGUUCAGUUAUACACAGGGAGCAGGUUUAUUGUAUAACCAGUAUCAUUAACUCACACUGGGACAGUUUAGCUGGUACAGGAGUUCCAAAUUGAGUUUACAUUCUAUUACACACUCAGGCCCCUAACAGUACAGGAUGGUGGCCUUGCAUUGAAAUAUCACAUUGAGAAAGCUAAAUCUAAUGCAUUUUGUAUUCUUUACCCUUCCAUAAAUACAUUUUAGUUUAUGUUGCUAAUGUAGGAAAGUUCAAAUUAUUUUAUUUUAAAUAGAGUAGAAAGUGUCCCAAAGAAGGCAAGUUUUAAGUGGGCAGGUAAACUUACUGACAUAUCAAGCAUUACAUUGGAGUGAAUCCCACUCCAAUCAUGAAAAUCCAUAGAGUACAGUCACUGAAGUGCCAACAUGUAACAGAAAGACUUGCAUUUAUACAGCACUUUUUAUGAUCUCUGGACAUUCCAAAGUGCUUCACACCCAGUGAAGUACUUUUGGAGUCACUAUUGUGAUGUAGAAAUACAUUAUAUGUGGGUAGCAUCAUGUGAGCAUCAUCACUCAGACAUAUGGGGAUAGAGAGGCAUUCCAGCCUGGUUCUGUCCUUCCCCAAUUUCUAUAUAUGUGCACUUUCCAAUGCAGUUCACUGGAUAACUAUUGGAAACAGGAGUUUUGGUUGUUAUACUAUCUUUCGUUUUGUAGCUCACAGGCACUGAGAAAAUCUUUGUACCCUAUUGUAGCACUGGGUGAAAUCGAUUCACUGAGAUUAGUGUGGAGUUGAGGCUGACAUCCUCUUGGUUUGCAUGGGGAUAGUACCUGCAACACAUGAAAACCUUAUGCUGAGCCAUGCAGCAGGCCUCGGGCUCAUUUUGCAUGAAUGAUUUUUCUUAAACACAGACUGGAGCCAGCUAUUGUAGAGGAAUAUUUCAUAUCUCUGCCUUUUUUACAAUUCCCCAAUUUAAAUAGUCUGGAUAUUUAUUGCUGGCAUAAACCAAAUGCACUUCAGUAAAAUACCUGACAAUAUAUUCCACUUUUGAAGAAGCUUAUUUUUAUUUUGCGCAACUCCCAGACACACUUGAGAUUCUCAUCAUUGUUAACAACAUUGGGAUUCUAAUCUCUAUUACUGACCAAUAAAAACAGAGAAAACUGGAAAUGCACAACUUUGUUGAGCAGCCUUCAAAAGAGAAUGAUUGGUUAAUCAUUUAUUUGCAGCUGUUCAGGGGAGAUGGUGGCGUAGUGAUAAUGUCGCUGGGCUAGUGAUCCAGAGGCUAAUGCUCUGGGAACACGGGUUCAAAUCCCACCAUGGCAGCUGGUGGAAUUUAAACACAAUUAAUAAAAAAAAAACCUGGAAUAUCAGGCUCACUAAUGCCCUUUAGGGAAGGAAAUCUGUCGUCCUUACCUGGUCUGGGUCCUUAUCUUGCCAGACCCACGACAAUGUGGUUGACCCUUAAAUGCCUUCUGCAAUGGCGAUUAAAUGCACUCAGUUCAAGGGCAGUUAGAGAUGUGCAUCAAAUGCUGACCUUGCCAGCGACGCCCACAUCCCAUGAAAGAAUUAAAAAAUGUAAAACUCCAACUUCUGAUGAUGGAUCAUAUCGAUGUCAUUGGACUUUAUUUCUCUUUCAGAUGUUCACCAACCAGCAGUUAUGCUUUUCAGAUUUCCACAUUUCCCACUUUUUUUUCCUUCCACCAUUAGUGAACGGUGACUUGGAAUCUCCAUUUAUGACCCAAUGAUGACUGUUUUUGCUCUGUGGGCUCCCACUUCCUGAACUGAGGGUGUAGCACCAGAACUGCAUAGUUUCAAAGAGUUGUCAAUGUAACUAAUUCAAUUACUUGUCUUGUAGCACAUUUAUGUGAAAUGAACCUUGUGAAAAGUAUUCAGUAGAAGUGAGUGCUAACCGCAAAUUGAGGCUUAUUCGAAGAUCAGUUUGAUGUUGGACAGGCAAUAUUUAAAAUGACUCAGACACAGGCUUGCAGAGGGACAUCCCUGGUUAUACACUGUUUUAUUGUUGCAAUUAAAGUUUCCCAUCAAGGUGUCUUUAUAGUAGUGAUCACAGCAAAGAUAAAUGCAUUUAUUUUAAUGUAGAUCUUGUUUUGUCUUUUCACCGCUGACUGUUGUGAGUUGCAGUGAUUUUUCUCCAGAAAAUGUCUGAUUCCUACCAUAAUUUGGGGCAGUGGUGUGAACGAAUUUAACCCCUGCAUGGUGUAGUAUAGGAAGGGGUCAUGGAAUGGUAUGUGUUUAGUCCUGAAUCUGUCCUGUGGGUAGGCUUGCAUUAGGAGCUUGCCAAUAUGGGUUAAACCAGUUUCUCUGUUUGUGCACCAGCCUCAUCUGAAUGUUGAAUCCUCCCAAUCCAAAAACUAGAAUGUCUCAUUCCUACAAUGCUGUAUGCACUUUCCUCCUAUCUCAAGCCAUGAAAACUGGUGUAUGUAUUUGUGCGCGUGUUAUUAACCCAUCCAGUCUAGACAAGGCUGCAAUGUAUCUUCACUCUUGCACUUUCAUGGUUUCCUUUGUGAGGCUAUAUUAGAAUGCUACCUUCAGUGUGUCUCGACUCAAAAGAUUUUCUUAUCUUCCAAAGGUUUGCUGGUUGAAUCUUCUUUGAUCAUUUACUGUUAAGUAAUAAUUUAUUGAGAAGGUCUAUAUGUUAUUAAUCAAACUUCUUAGCUGCCUUGGGUGGAAUACUGAUAAUGUUAUCCACUUGAACCUCUGAACUUGUAAUAUUUCAUGGUGAACUGUGAAGACAAGUGUUUCCUCUUGUGGAUUAAUUUUCUUUCUCGGUUGUCGAACUAAACAGUAAAACUGAAUUAAAGCUCCAAGUAAAUUAUCAUUUUUAUAAAGGAUGAGCAUGUUUUUAUUACUCGCUGUUGACCAUUUUUCCAAAUUCACUUCAAUCUACACAACAUUUUAUGAAAUUCUUAACCAGUGCCACUUGUUUUCUUUACACAAGUAUGAAAUGCAGUGGACUGUUCCCUCAUAAUUGUAAAGCUCAGUAUAAACUUCACGCAGUAACAUCAGAAUAUUUAACAAGGAGUCCUUGCCGACUUGGAAAUGUGUUCAAAUUUGUGUAAAAACUACACAGUAAAACCAACUGCCUCUUGUAAAUAUAUCAUUAACUGUGCAAUUUUAUGACAUCAGAAUUUCUACUUAAAUGUAAAUAUCUCAUUGAUUUUUUUGCUGACUAAUUUAAAUUGUCUUUUAAUCUUCAAUUGUUCUUGGACUUCAUUUCAUUUGAUUGAGUUUUGCGAAUUGUAACCUAUUUAUAGCAACUUAGUUCUUUUUGAAAACCAGUUUGAAAAAUCCCAGUGUUUCUGAAGUUUCCUUUGUUUUUACUCUAUUUUUGGAUGUUUUUUUUUAAACUGAGAGUUGUAGAGCUGUAUUGAAAAGGUUCAGACACUGAACUGUGAAUUACCAGCAAAUUGAGUGAGUGGUUUCUGAAUUGUAACUGGGAUCAUAAUGUUUUCUGUUUAUAAAACUUGAUAUUUGUUGAACAUUAGUAAAGUUGUUAUAUGUAAGACACUAUUUUUCAAAUCUUUUGCUAAAUAAAUUAACCUGCAUUUUA